AUGAAAAUUUUACAUUUCGACAGGUUCAUCGGAGUUAAGAAAGUCGGAGGUGUACGUGAAGUCCAGGAAACGAUGAAUGAAGUUUGUUAUGAUGAGGUUCUCAGCUACGUCAAAAGAGGGCUUCAAGUUCUGGUUUUCGUACAUGCUCGCAAUGCAACAGCAUCUUUAGCGCAAGCUUUCCGAGAAAGAGCAGCCCAGCUGGGACAUUUGGAUCUGUUUGUUCCAUCAUCGGCUGGCACAAAGAGCUAUGUUACCUCAGAAAAAUCGGUGCAAGCAUCGAGAAAUCAUAAACUCUUCGAGUUCUUCCGCUUCGGUUUCGGAGUUCAUCACGCUGGUCUUGUGCGACAUGAUCGCCUCUUGAUGGAAAAAGUCUUCCAGCAAGGGCAUAUAAUGGUCCUCUUCUGUACUGCAACCCUCGCCUGGGGAGUGAAUUUGCCCGCACAUGCUGUCGUUAUUCGUGGAACGGACGUUUUCGAUGCUGAAAAGGGACAAUUCGGUGAUCUGGGAGUGCUCGACGUCCAACAGAUUUUUGGACGCGCCGGUCGUCCACAAUUUGAGAAUGAAGGGCAUGGUAUCAUUAUAACAACGCAAAACAAAAUGGACAAAUAUCUUGGCAUGCUUAUCCGUCAAGCACCCAUUGAAAGCCAGUUUUUCAAACGGAUACAUGACAAUAUGAAUGCGGAGAUAUCUCUAGGCACUGUAUCAAAUGUGGCUGAAGCUGUCGAAUGGCUCACUUACACAUACUACUACACGAGAGCAACGCAGAAUCCAAUUGCAUAUGGCCUUCCACACAUGAUCUUGGACAAGGAUCCCGAUUUACGGCACCAUCUGACACGAAUGGUCACUGACGUUGCUGUCAAAUUAGACCAGAACCAAAUGAUCCGAUUCGAUAGUGUAAACGCUUUCAUGCACGCCACCGAUCUCGGAAGAAUCGCCUCCAAUUUUUAUAUUAAAUACGAAACAAUAGAAAUGCUGAAUGAGACGGGCCUUCCUGUAUCGCUCAGUGCUUUUAUGCCAGAUGAUAUGGUACUUGCAUUGAUAUCAAUGGCUACGGAGUUUAGUCAACUCAAGAUACGAGAGGAAGAAUGUCUGGAUCUUGAAGAGUUGAUCAGUUGUGGCUGCGUGCUUCCGCUACGUGGUGGAGGCUUGGCAAGCGUUGCUGGGAAAGUGAACGUUUUAUUGCAGAGUCAUAUCUCACGAACGUUCAUCCGCAGUUUCUCAUUGUCAUCGGAGUCUCUGUACGUCCAGCAGAAUGCUGGUCGGUUAUGUCGAGCAAUAUUUGAGAUUGUUCUACGAAGGGGAUGGGCUCAAGCGGCAAAUGCUUUCCUGACGAUGUCGAAGUGCAUUGAGAAACGAGUUUGGCCUAACCAGAGUACCUUGAGGUUAGCUUGGUUUUGCUUCGACAAUUCUAAAAUGUGA